AAAUUCGUAGCAUCCUGUGCACAUGGGUGUGGAUCAUCUCUCUCGAUGAAGAUCUUCGGCGUUUCCGCCAAGUUAUCCCUCACCGACAGCUCAUCAUCCCUUCCGGGCCCUGUUCCACCGCCUCCCCGGCCGCACCCGCCUCCCCACCAUCGCGACACACACGGCCCGCCAUCCGAGGAUGACGCAGACGCCAGGAUUCGCCAGCUGGUUCAUCGCGUCGUGCGCGACAGGCGCUGUGAGCUUCACCUGGAGGGCGAGCGGUUCCGUGCGUUGGAGAUGGGGCGCAUCUUUCGGUGCCUGCGGGACAUAAGAGUGGGCGGCGAGGGGCACUGCGUUGUGAGCCUUCGGCUGUCGGGGUUUAUCAAUGACGGCGAGAUGGCGCUUCAGGCGCUCACACAUGCAGGUGGGAGAGGAGAGAGGCAGCCAAGGCAUCGGGGUUCGCCAUCGUUGUUAAUUGUGGCUGCUGUUUGUUUGUUUGUUGUGGCUGGUGUGUCACUCAGAUCUGUCAUCUCUGCCACUGAAGGUCUUCGAGUUCUCCGAGUCGCCGGCCCUCAAGCGCCCCACGGCCGUCGCCUGUCUGUCCUCGCUGGUGGCCGCCCACCUGCCGCCAUCCAUCCAGAGCAUCCUGCUCCAGAGCUGCAGCCUCGGCGCACUCAAGAAGAUGGCGAAUGAUGGCAGUGGCGGAAUAGACGAGUGGAGGCAUUUCGUCACCACACUGGCCGGCAAGGGGACCGUCAGGCUGCUCAACGUGUCCGCCAAUCGGCUGGACAAAACGAUGCUGCGGCCGUUGGCAGAGUGGGUGGCCAUGGGUGAGGCCUGCACACUGGAGGAGCUCAAUCUGGUGAGUGAAAUAGGUGGGCAGAGCCUGAAUGAGAUGAGUCGCUGUCAGUGUAUGUAUGUGUUGCAUGUCUGUCUGCAGGCCCAGAACGCCUUGGUCGAUGGGAGCGUGGGAGUGCUGCUGGACGCACUGCAAGCAGCACAGCACAACCGACUUACCAUACUCGGUAGGUGCGCACCGCACCGCAUGCCAAGGACAGCGGCAGACAGACAGACAUGGACCACUGUCUGUCUGCCUCUGUGCGCUGCGCGUGUGUUGGUGUGUCCGGGCAUUGUAACAGAGCUGAGUGAGAACCAUCUGGCGUCCGAGGGCGCCCAGCGGCUCGCGGCCUUCCUCUCAUCGCCAUCCUGCCAUCUACAGGUCAGCCAGUCGGCAGCCAAGCCACUCCGUAUCCCUCACUCACCGACACAACGGCCGUCCAUGCGCACCUGCCAUCUGUAUGUCGUCCGUGUGGUGCCAUGUCAGACGUUGAAACUGUAUCGGUGCGGCAUUGACGCUGACGGGCUGGCGGCCAUCGCGCGGGCGGUCGAGAGAAACACAUCCCUGGAAUCACUGACGGCAACUGGUUGGUACACGGGGUCGCACACAUGGAUGGCCAAACAGAUGCCGCAUGUUUGUGCCUUUGUUUGGCCGUGUCUGCAGCAAACGGGCAUCUGUCCCCACUGUGGAUCGACCGCGUUGGCCGCAAGUUCCUCCAGGUACCUAAGCGGGCGUAACUCGUUUGUCAUGUCAGUCAAAUGCCCAUUGUGUGUCCCCUGCUCUCCGUGGGUUAAACAGGCGCUCAUGCGGCGAUGUGAGGCGGGCUGCCCUCUGCGUGUGUUGGCCCUGUCAGUGCCAGAGGACCAGCUCAAGGAGGCACAAGAGCUCUUCAAGCAACAGACACACACGCAGGUCAGCAAGAGAGCCGGCCGCCCACUGCAGACAGACAUGCCCCUGAAUGUGUGUGUGUGUGUGUGUGUGUAAAGGCGAUAUUGGUGCCGCCGACUCAGCACCACAUCAACAACCCCACGCUCGUCGACUGCGACUGACUGACUGACUGGUUUACAAUUAGCCAAGCCUUCCUCCGCAGCGUAGCCUUUUUUUGUGUGUGUCUAGCUAGCUAUACAUUCACGACGAGCUGACGAUGGAUCGGAU